AAAAAAGACUUUCUCCCAUCCAAAUUCCAAGUAAAUUCAAGAUAAAAUUAUAGAUGGCUUGCUGGUCUGCUGAGAAUGCCACAAAAGCUUAUCUCAAAACCCUGAAAAUGGGUCAAAACGCCAAGGAGCCAAACGAAGCCGAGUUCAUAUCAGCACUCGCUGCUGGCAGCAACGCACAACUAAUGGUUGUGGCUUGUGCCAAUGCCGCAAACUCUACAACCCUAGCCUUAGUGGCCGCGGCUCAUCAAACUGGUGGCCGUGUAGUUUGCAUUCUCCAAGGGCUUGAAGAACUAAAACUAUCUAAAAAAGCCCUUGGCCUGGACGCAAACCAUGUUGAGUUUGUUCUUGGGGACGCACAAAAUCUGCUACUAAGCCACUACCGGGAAGCGGAUUUCGUGCUUAUUGAUUGCAAGCUUGAGAACCAUGAAGGAAAUCUGAGGGCAGUCCAAGCAGUCAGAAAGCUCAAUGGCGCUGUUGUUGUGGGGUUCAAUGCAUUCUGCAAAGGGUCGUGGCGAUCCAGUGGAUCCAAAACUCAGUUGUUGCCGAUAGGAGAAGGGCUUUUAGUGACAAGAAUAGCUGCCGCAAGUGCCAAUAAAAUUGAUAGUUUUGGAAGGAGGAGUCAGUGGAUUGUUAAGGUGGAUAAAUGCACUGGUGAAGAGCACGUUUUCAGGGUCAGAUUUCCGCAAGGGAAAGUAAUUCAAGCUUAGUUGGAUUUAUUUCUAGCUAUUUGAUGCUCUAUUUGGUUGCCUGCUGGCAGAAAGCCUGGCGAACUUUAUCUUCCAUUUCUUCCACUUUCCUGCCGGCUGAAGGGAGCAAAAUUGGUAAUUAAUUAGUUAUAAUAUAUAGAUAAUUAAUUAGAUUUUCAAGGUUUAGAACCUUUAAGGUGAAUAGAACUAUUAAUU